AUGGACGAUCCGCGGGACGUUCAAACUUCCAAGAAAAAUGGGGGCUCCAGGUCAUUGUUUUUGGCCGGCUCCGCGGUGGAUAUGGAGAUUAAACGAAAGAAAAUACGACAGAGUACUUUAUUCCUACAAACAGAGACAACUAACAUACAGGAGAAACUUGACUUUGAGAUGAGAAUGCGAGAGGGGGCCUACAAGCUGCUGCUCGCUUGCAGUAAGAGAGAACAGGUACUAAAUGCUUCCAAGAACAUGUUUACCUGCAACGCCCGGAUAAAGGCAUAUCUCUCUCAGCUGCAGAAGAAAAAAGAGGAAGAGGACAUGAUGGGGGGAGUCGGCAGACCUUCAGAUCUAAUUUCAGGUGACCGUUUGCCCUGUAAUGGAACAAUUGCUUUGUCAGGGCUGCGCAUACCUUUGAUGUGGAGGGACUCAGACCACUUUAACAACAGAGGGAGUUCUCGCAGGGUGGCUGUGUUCUGUCUGAUGCAGAUUGGCUCAGAAGUGUAUGACACUGAAAUGGUGGUGGUGGAUAGAUCAGUCACUGACAUCUGCUUUGAGGGAAUUACCAUCUUUAAAGAAGCAGUUCCUCAGUUUGAGCUGAAGGUGGAGUUGUGGAGCUGUGCCCUAGAGGAGGAGCUCACACUGGUAAACACACCAAAGAAACUGGCUAAGAAGCUCCGCAACUCCUUUGGAAAGAGCUCUGGGAGGAAGCUCUGCUCUCUGCUGGACACUCCAGACCCUGACACCUUCCUACAGCACAACCCAAUACCGUCUGGAGCCAAAUACAGCCUGUUGGCCUACACAACGCUGUGUCUGCCCGAGGCUGAAGGCAGCUUUCAGUCUCACUCCCUUAUUGUCCUCCAAGAUGCUGAGUGGUCCUCUUGGCUUCCACUUUAUGGUAACCUCUGCUGCCGGUUAGUGGCUCAGCCUGCCUGUAUGACACAGACCAUGAUGUCCGGUUACCUGAGCCAGAAGCAAAGUGUGGAAGGCAUGAGCCGCUGCUGCAGUCUUUACUGCGUGCUGAGUGGUGGCUUUUUGUCUUGUUUCUUCACUCCAGAAGAAAUUGAUGCUAAAAUACAACCCAUUCUCAAAGUACCCAUUAAUAAGGACACCCGGAUCCGAGUGUUGGAGAAGGAAUCAGCAGGCCACAAAUCUAGGAGUCUGUCCAUCAUUAACCCUUCACCAGAGGGAUCGCAGUCCAUCGUCUUCACCACAGACACCAGGGAAGCGCUGGAGGACUGGGUGGAAGCCCUCCACCAGCACCAUUAUGAUCAGAGCCAGUGGAUGCACUGCUGUGACCAGCUAAUGAAGAUCGAGGUCGCAUCUCCACGGAAACCAUCACUUUUUCUCUCUAAGCAAGCAGACUCUGUUUACAACGACCUGAGUAUAAAUUCACCAGGCAAGUUUGAGAGCAUCACUGAUAUUAUCCACAAUAAAAUUGAGGAGACAGAUGGGCACUUCCUUAUUGGCCAUGAAGAGGAGAAAGAGGCACCUAACUGGUCCAGUCUGUUUGAUGGUUCCCAUUCAGUGGUAGUGCAGAAGGGUAUUCUGUCCCAGAGCAAAACCUCCACCCCUUAUUCGAGCCCCAAUCCCAGCAACAGCAGCUGUACUACCAACAGCAGCAAGAAGCGACGCGCUCCACCUCCUCCCCCUGACAGAGAGCCUUAUCACCCUCCUCCCUCAUACCAGGAGAAAGAGAAUUCUAGCACUAGCACUUCACGUCCAACUACAAGGUCCAAAACAGGCAGACCAUCUCUUGAUGCCAAGUUUUCUGCCAUCAUCCAGCAGCUCCAGUGGAAUAAUGCUGGAGGAGCCACCGCCUCAAGUCGAAAAAAUGCUCCUCUGGGCGUGCUCAAUGUACACCCACAAGGUCAGCCCCAGCCCCCCCUCCAACAGCUGGACUACCAAAACCACCACACCCAAACCCCUGAGGCCACAGCUGAUCAUGGCUUUGUGAGAGCCACUGAUGGUCCUGGUCCUGUUCCCGCACCACGGAGCAAACUGAGGAAGUCUUUCAGAGAGAGGAUGAACCUUAAAGCUUUGUAAACCCAACCUUAGAUCAGAUCUACAGUGAGGUAACCUUACUACUGUCACACUUUAACAACUGAGCUGGGUAACGCUGCUAAAAUCAAAUAUAGCACUAUAGAACUAACUGAGGAGUGACGAUAACUCGUCAUGAUCGGUGAUGAUAUUUGGGCUUGACUGUUGGUGUGGUCCUUAAUAGAAUACUUCAUCAUUUGGG